GGAAGACGAAGCUGUCAAAAGUUUGAGAAGACUUUCUGUGAAUCGAUUUUGAAUCAUUGAUUCGAAGUGAUUUCUAUCGUAAUUGUUGAAUUAUUUCGAGCACCUAAGAGCAGAAGGAAGCAGAGCAGGAGGAACGGAUCGUAACAAUGUCCACCCUGAAGAAGAUCUCCGAUGAGGACCGCGAGUCCAAAUUCGGAUAUGUGUUCGCCGUAUCCGGUCCUGUCGUCACGGCCGAGCGGAUGUCCGGUUCGGCUAUGUACGAGUUGGUCCGCGUCGGUUACUACGAGCUGGUCGGUGAGAUCAUCCGUUUGGAAGGUGACAUGGCCACCAUCCAGGUAUACGAGGAAACCUCCGGUGUCACCGUCGGCGAUCCCGUGCUGCGUACCGGCAAGCCCCUCUCCGUCGAACUCGGUCCAGGUAUUAUGGGUAGCAUCUUUGACGGUAUCCAGCGUCCACUGAAGGACAUUAACGAACUGACCAGCUCGAUCUACAUCCCGAAGGGUGUGAACAUUCCCUGCUUGUCCCGUACCCAGAGCUGGGGAUUCAACCCCUUGAACGUAAAGGUUGGCUCUCACAUCACCGGAGGAGAUCUGUACGGUUUGGUGCACGAGAAUACCCUGGUCAAGCACAAGCUGUUGGUCCCGCCACGCGCCAAGGGUACAGUUCGUUACAUUGCUCCACCCGGCAACUACACCGUCGACGACAUCAUUCUGGAGACGGAAUUCGACGGUGAGAUCAACAAGUGGUCUAUGUUGCAGGUGUGGCCCGUGCGUCAGCCACGUCCAGUGACUGAGAAGUUGCCCGCCAAUCAUCCUCUGCUGACUGGUCAGCGUGUGUUGGAUUCGCUGUUCCCUUGUGUCCAGGGUGGUACCACUGCCAUCCCCGGAGCUUUCGGUUGCGGUAAGACUGUCAUCUCGCAGGCCCUGUCCAAGUACUCCAACUCCGAUGUCAUUAUCUACGUCGGUUGCGGAGAACGUGGUAACGAAAUGUCUGAAGUAUUGCGUGAUUUCCCUGAGCUGUCGGUUGAGAUUGACGGUGUUACGGAGUCCAUCAUGAAGCGUACCGCGCUGGUUGCCAACACCUCCAACAUGCCUGUCGCUGCUCGUGAAGCUUCCAUCUACACCGGUAUUACCUUGUCCGAGUACUUCCGUGAUAUGGGUUACAACGUAUCCAUGAUGGCUGACUCGACCUCUCGUUGGGCCGAAGCUCUUCGAGAAAUUUCCGGUCGUCUGGCUGAGAUGCCUGCCGAUUCCGGUUAUCCUGCCUACCUGGGUGCACGUUUGGCCUCCUUCUACGAGCGUGCCGGUCGUGUCAAGUGUCUCGGUAACCCUGAACGUGAAGGUUCGGUGUCCAUCGUCGGUGCCGUAUCGCCCCCUGGUGGUGAUUUCUCCGAUCCCGUCACAUCCGCCACCCUUGGUAUCGUACAGGUGUUCUGGGGUCUGGACAAGAAACUGGCCCAGCGUAAGCAUUUCCCCUCGAUCAACUGGUUGAUCUCCUACAGCAAGUACAUGCGCGCCCUUGAUGACUUCUACGAUAAGAACUUCCAGGAGUUUGUCCCACUGCGUACCAAGGUUAAGGAGAUCCUGCAGGAGGAAGAAGAUUUGUCCGAAAUUGUGCAGCUGGUCGGUAAGGCAUCGCUGGCAGAAACCGAUAAGAUCACCCUUGAGGUAGCCAAGCUGCUCAAGGAUGAUUUCCUGCAGCAGAACUCGUACUCGGCGUACGAUCGAUUCUGUCCGUUCUACAAGACGGUCGGUAUGCUGCGAAACAUGAUCGGAUUCUACGAUAUGGCUCGCCACGCCGUCGAAACCACCGCCCAGUCGGAGAACAAGAUCACCUGGAACGUGAUCCGUGACUCGAUGGGCAACAUCCUGUACCAGCUGUCGUCGAUGAAGUUCAAGGACCCAGUGAAGGAUGGCGAAGCGAAGAUCAAGGCCGAUUUCGACCAACUGUACGAAGACCUGCAGCAGGCGUUCCGCAACCUGGAAGAUUAAAUUCUCCCGCACAUUCGUGGUCUCUUCAAUGCGAAAUUCCUUGAAACAGUUUUAUUGUUUUCAGUAAACAUAGCAAAGAAAUGUUCGUAGCAUAGUGCAAACAAAACAUCAAAAUGAGAAACACGAAACACAGCAAAAGUGUAGGGCCCUCCUUGGCAUCAUGAUCAACCAACAACAUCCAUUAAGUAAAAUGCUUCUAGGUCACCAUUUUACAGGCGUAUUUAGGUUGAAACAUUUAUUUACACAAAUUAUUGCAAGAAAAAAGAUUAAGAGAACAAAUCUAUAAAGCGAGUGUAACAUAUACAUUUAGAAACGGCGAAACACUACAACAACUACAGAACACACGGCAGAACAGAAACAAAUUUUAGUAGGUAAGUGAUAUUGCAAGUGUUGUCCGACGGCGUAGGAAAAGGUUAGCGAACGGAAUAACGUUCAAUCGGAAAUUGUCUUCGAAAGUUUUCCGCUUGCAUGCGUGUCUCAAAUGCGAAUAAAACGUAUAAACAAUCGUGGUGAAACUUAACAUCAGUGAUGAUAUAAUCAAAGGGGAUUAAAAUGAAACACGUGGACAAAAGAUCUAUAAAGCAAAACUCUCAGCUAGAAUAGUUCAUGACGUCGCGAAGCGUACUAUAAAUAGAAUAAUAUCUAAACCACGGUUAAUGGGAAAAUAAGAAGAAACUUUCGAUUGAGCUAUGUUAUAGAAACUUAUCCAUGUAUGAUUGUAUAAGAUCGCUAAUUAAUCGUAUAAGAAAUAACAGAAAACAAGUUUUAUUAUAGGUGUAAGCCAAUCAAGUUGUUAUAUCAGUUUAAAUAUUAUUUAGUGAAUAUAGUUUUACUUUUAAUUUUGUAGUGUCGUUUUUCCAUCGGUAGGAUCGGAAACGAGAAUCGAUGAUUGAUUGACUGUUGGCAAAUGAAAUGAAAGUUAAAUUUAUUAUGCUUUUUUGUUUGUGUGAACAGAAUUGAAGAGCCGCCGCGUCGUUUCGGUCAAUGCAAGCGACCGACGGCUCGUAUCUGUCUUGUACAUUUUUGUCGAUGAGCAGAAAAUAUAUGAGAAUAAAACCCUCUAAAAAAUUG